AUGGUUUUUAAAUUCAUUUUAGAGGACUAUAAAUGCACAUUACCAGAACUCACACUGGAUGACUUAAAUCUGGAUAUGCAGCAGUUUUUGGAAAACUUCGCUAAAGUUAAAGAGAUUAAGUUUCCAAUAUCGUUUGGGCCUCUACCGGAGAAAUAUAUAUGUAAAUUAAAAUGCGUAGAUGGAUAUUGGGUGGGCCCGUUAUGUUCGAGUUCACCAGGGGACGCCCCUCCAACUGUCCGGUUCGAAAUUGCCAGUGGAUCGGCUAUCGUGCAGCCAAAUGGGGAAUUGUACGUAUAUCCAGAUAGCACAAUAUGGCUAGAUUGCAUGUCACUGCGUACAGCUGGAGAACCAGAAUGGACCUGGACACAUAGUAUGGAAAACUAUAAAAAAGAGUGGUUGAAUGAGGUGGACAACAUAUUUCGAAUCACACUACCCAAACUUAGUGUUCGCUUUACUGAAACAUUCACAUGUGCUACGCCGACUGGGACCACAAAUAAGUUGACUAUCAGAGUUGUUAACGUAGUAUGCAGUCCUCUUGAAAUACCUUCACCUCCAAUGCGACAGUAUACCACGGGCAACAAGCUUGGCAACACAGCUCAUUUUAGCUGCGAACCGGGUUUUCAUCUCAAUGGAGCACCACAACUCCAUUGCAUGGGCGAUGGUCACUGGUCCUCCUUACCACCAACAUGUGAGGAGACCUUCUGUCCCUUUUUUACGUCACUCAACCCGCAUUUAAGUAUUAUUGAACACAAUUCUUCAUUUGGAGGUAGGGCAGUAUUUACAUGCUCCUGGGGCUAUCGUCUCGUAGGGGCUCCUGGACUAGAAUGUGAACACGACGGCCAGUGGUCGGGAGAAAUGCCACAAUGCAUACCAAUAUACUGUCCCGAUCCCAUAAUACCGGAACAUGGGCAACUGUUGACUAAAACAUCGUCAAAGGAUGGAAAGUAUCCCGUAGGGGAUCUACUAAUAUAUACUUGUAACACGGGGUAUGAAGUUUUGGGAGAGUCAUCUAUCGUUUGCACAGAAAACGGAUUCUGGUCCCACCCGCCGCCAUUUUGUCUUCCACCAGCGGAAAUUAAACCAUCAGAUACUAUUUACAUAGAAAAUACAACACUCGUUCACUUAGAUACUAAUUAUUGA